AAACUCAUGGUGCACAAAUAAUUAGAGGGUGAGAGGAAAAACUAAGGAUCAACGGUCCAAUGAAAUUGCUAAAGUGUGACAAAAUAGUUGAUAAUACUAAGCGUGAAAGCGGUUUUAAGUAACUAUCAAAUGAGCUAAUCCAUACCGGAAAAGUUUUUCAAACAAUGAAGAAGGCUGGGAAUAUAGAGCCAGCCAAUCUGCGUAGAGAUGUGGUUAUGAGCCUCAGCCCAACAAAGCCGAGUCUCUGUUCUUUUGCAAUUGGUGUUCCCAGUUCAGGCCAGCUUCAGUAUUUUCUUUUCUUGAUUAUUUUCUUCUUUUCUUGAGCAUAAUUACUUUUUUUUAUUCUUGCUUGAAUGGUUUUAUUUGUUUUUGUUUUUAUUUUCAGUCCAAAGUUUUCCAGUCACUCGAAAAGAUUUUAAUAAAUCUUCUGGGCAGGAGUCGAUUUUUUUUUUCAAUAAAGAAAAUGGUUUUUUUUUGGUUGUGACAUAUUUCUAGUGCUGAUUUUUUCCAAAACAUGUUUGGCAACGUUAAUUAAAAGUCAAGAGAACUGGUCUGAUGUAAAGUAUAAUAUGAUGGCUGUUAAAUUUUUAAAGCAUGAAUCUUUUGUUGUAAUCCCUCCAAAGUUUGAUGAAUAUAUCUUGUAUUGUUGAAGGUUUGGUGAUUCUUAUGUCUGUGUCUCUGUUGAUUGCUGUCCAUAGAUGACCAAAAUUUAAAUGAUGCUUUUUUUGGUAUGAAAAUGAUAUAUUGGGAUUCAGAUCUUAACUCUAACACUUUGUAUGCUUGAUCUGCCAAUGCUUAAGAUUGCAUCCUGCUUUACUGAUCUGAUCCUUCAUCAUCGAUCUGCUGCAACAAAAUGGGAUUUUUGAGUGUUUAUUGGCAAGUUUGGGAGGAGUCUUGUUCAAGCUCGGGAGACUCUUGAAACAUGAAGUUUAAAAAAGGGAAUCUGGUGGAGGUUUUAAGAAGAGAACACGACUCAUGUGGCUCAUGGUUUCCUGCCAGUGUAGUUUCAGCCCGUGGCAAUUAUUGUAAGAUUAGGUAUGAAUCACAUUCAGACAACAACGGAGAGCCAGUCAUGGAGAAGGUGCACAAGGAGGAUGUCAGGCCUCAGCCCCCUCAUAAAAAGAGGAAAAGAUGGAUUGUUGGUGAUGUUGCUGAGAUAUUUGAUUUUCAAUGUUGGAGAGAAGGUAAAAUUGCGAAGGUGUUGAAGAAUAACCUUUUUGUUGUGAGACUGUUUGGGUCCAUCCAACUUAAAGAAUUUCAUGAAUCGAAUAUAAGGAUUCAGCAGGCCUGGCGUAGCAAUAAUUGGUCGGUGAUAGGGAAGGUUGCCCACAAUAAAGAAUAUACCAAAAAUUGUACAGAAAAUAAGCCAAAGCAUUCCGGUAGCUUGAUGCGAAGGGCUCCAGUUCUGGUGGUGAGAAAAGAUCCAUGCUUACGAGAGAAAGAUGGACAGAAACACCUCAAGGAUGGACACAAUAACAUCAAAAAGGGUCUUGACCAUCAGCAUCUCGAAAGAUCUUCCAAGGACCUGAUUUCUUGUGUGGGAGGAUGUCACAAGCAACUUGCGAGGAAUCUUCCUUUGUUUAAGCGGGAAGACAGCAUAUCUGCAGAAAAAUUAAGAGUGGAUGAGAAAUUUAAGGGAUCUAGCGAGAUGAAUGCCAAGGUGGUAAAAGCAACUACUGAGUGGUUAUUUACUUCUCCCAGGCCUCGUUUGACUGAAGAUAGCAACCUUAUAAGUUCUGUUGCUAGUUGUAGAUCCAAUGGCUCUGUGGAUUCCUCCAGUCAUAAAUUCCAAAAACCAUUGGAUAAUACAUCCCACAACUCAGAUGCCGAGUCAUCAUUUCUUUCCUUUUCUGUCAUCAAGCGUUUAACUCCUUGUUUUGAACAAAAGCAAGGUGCUGAAAUCCAUGAACUAGAGUUUCAUGCUUAUAGGUCCACUGUGCAGGCAUUGUAUGCUUCAGGUCCUUUAAGUUGGGAGCAAGAGUCACUUCUGACAAAUCUUCGCCUGUCCCUUAAUAUUUCAGAUGAGGAACAUCUACUCCAUCUGAGGCAGCUAUUGUCUACCCAAGUCCUGCAAUCUUCUUCUUCCCCUAGAAUUCUUUCUUUGUAGGUCUACCCAUAGAUAACUCUGAGAUUGGUUCCUGUGGAUGUCAAACUACUAUAGUACAGUUGUUUUUGUUUGGAAAUGCAUUAAAAUAAUAUUGUUUUAUUUUUUAAA